GAGAGACUCUGGUCCCCAACGGAAAUUAAGACCACCUGCAAACUUCCCUCCACAACCAAACGUGUGGAUUGGAUCUCUCUCGGUCUUCCUUGCUCUUCAUAACAAUGUCAUCCCCAAUUUCACACUACACCUCCAAAUUAAGCGGAUCUCUUACCAUUUCCCCAAUUUCAAUACAUCUCACUCACCACCACCAUCAUGUCUCUCACUAUUAAACUCCAUAUCACUCCCUACACUCAUAAAAACAAUACACUUAACAAUAAUCUCCGUACAAAAUUCAUCUCCAGAAUUAAGCCAAAUCCCAUUUAUAACACCAACCCAUUACUCCACUUUGUUUCCAACCACAAACCCAGAAUGCAAAAUCCGUCAUUUUCCUGCGUUAAAAGCUCUUUGAUCGACCCAGAUGGUGGGCUCCUCGUGGAUCUUGUGGUGCCAGAGACUGAGAGAGAAUUGAAAGCUAACGAGGCGGCGUCAAUGCCUAAGGUGAAGCUUACCAAGAUUGAUGUGGAGUGGGUUCACGUGAUCAGUGAAGGGUGGGCUAGUCCUUUGAAAGGGUUUAUGAGAGAAACGGAAUAUUUGCAGAGUCUGCAUUUCAAUUCUUUGAGAUUAGGAGAUGGGUCUGUGGUUAAUAUGUCGCUUCCGAUUGUAUUAGCUAUUGAUGACGAGACUAAAGGGACAAUCGGGUCUGAGAAGAACGUUGCGUUGGUUGCUCCUGAUGGUGAAUUAAUUGGUACUCUUAAAAGUAUUGAGAUAUAUAAGCAUAACAAAGAGGAGAGAAUAGCAAGAACAUGGGGUACAACAGCACCAGGAUUGCCAUAUGUUGAGGAGUAUAUAGCUCCAGCGGGGAAUUGGCUCAUUGGUGGAGAUUUGGAAGUAUUGAAGCCUAUCAAAUAUAAUGAUGGGCUUGAUAACUACAGGCUCUCUCCCAAACAACUCCGGAAGGAAUUCGAUACCCGUGAAGCUGAUGCAGUUUUUGCAUUUCAAUUGAGGAAUCCUGUCCAUAAUGGGCAUGCUUUAUUGAUGAAUGAUACACGCAAGCGACUUUUGGACAUGGGAUACAAGAACCCAAUUCUACUUCUUCAUCCUUUAGGAGGUUACACCAAAGCUGACGAUGUGCCUUUGGAUGUGCGGAUGGAGCAACAUAGCAAGGUGCUUGAAGAUGGUGUUCUUGAUCCCAAGACUACCAUUGUUGCUAUUUUUCCGUCACCUAUGCAUUAUGCAGGUCCAACUGAAGUACAAUGGCAUGCUAAGGCACGGGUAAAUGCAGGUGCCAAUUUUUACAUAGUAGGUCGUGAUCCUGCUGGUAUGGGUCACCCAACUGAAAAGAGAGAUUUAUAUGACCCUGAUCAUGGAAAGAAGGUGCUGAGCAUGGCUCCUGGUUUGGAGAAGCUAAAUAUCUUGCCAUUUCGGGUGGCAGCAUAUGAUACAGUGGCUAAGAAGAUGGCAUUUUUCGAUCCAUCUCGUGCUCAGGAUUUCCUCUUCAUCUCUGGAACUAAGAUGCGGAAUUUUGCAAAAACCGGUGAAAAUCCACCAGAUGGUUUCAUGUGUCCCAACGGUUGGAAGGUGCUCGUAAGACAUUACGAGAGCUUGCAAGUAGAAGAGGCGGAGCAAAAGCCAACUGUUUUAUCCGCUUAGGUAUUAAUGCAAUUUAGUUCAAACAAGUGAAGGAAGAACCUGCAUUAGGAUUCAAUGGAGCACCAUCCAAAUUGGUUAUGGUGGCUAGCAGAAUGAGAGUUUCAUUUGACUGUCAGCAGAAGGUUUCUUAAUUUAAGCAACUUUCUUUUUCUGAACUAGGCUGUGGCUUCGUAUGGAUGUAAAGAGUUCAGUUAUUAUCAAAUAUUUAAAAAGAUUAUUUGUAUUCAAAAGAAAAAAAUUGUAUUUUUUGAGGGCUUCUACUGCUAAAUAGUGUCCAUUGUGAUGGCCUGAUGGUUUAUAUCAUUAAUUCAAGCUUGUGCUAUGGCUUUA